GCAAACCCUUCCUUCCUUGCGGGGUGUGGGCUGCUCCCAGCACUCCGGUGUCAGUCUAUGCACACACGUUCCGGGGUGAUGCUGGAGCGCCGAGCGGGCGGGGGUUCACGUGCAUGGCAGUGCCAUGGAGACUGGUGCUGGAGAAUAACUACUCCCUUGUCUCAUCAUUUACAUAAUUAAAUUGUUGAUGAUGGGCUGUGUGCUGUGGCCUCGGCUUGGCACCGCGGUGGUUGGCAGUGGCUGUUUGCUCAGAUGAAUCCUCUUGAGAAGAGCAAGCGUGGGGUGGAUGGUGGGGAUGGGAUGGAUGUCAUUAGGAUGGCACAUGUGGGCUGUGUGGCAGGGGGUUGGGAUGGGGUGCGAUGCUGUCUGACCCAGGCAGGGGUGUGCUUACGGUCGUCUCCAGCAGCUGGGUGCUACGGAUGCAAAACAGACUCUUGGGUCUUUGAUCACCUCAGGUUGUGCAGAGACAGCUUUGGUACUCUUGGGGAGGUGACAUGUGGCCCCAUUGAUGUGCCAGGCUGGGGAGGACAGCGCUCAGCCCUGGGGUCCCGCUGCGCGCGCAGUGCCCAGGGAGCGGGGCUGGGCCUGGAGGUGGUGGCAGCCGUGAGCUGGUGGCUGUAGCCCAAAGGCCAUCCCCGGUUCCCUGACGUGUCCUCAAUGGCAUUUUCCAUGCGAGACGAGUGCCGGUUUGAGGCCCCUUAAGGAAGCUUUUCAUUUCCAGAGGCUGAGCUGCAGCCCCCGGGGAGCCGCUGCCUUGGCCGCACAGUGGGGCCGUUGGUUCCUUCCAAAAACGUGACGGCUUUCGGGGUGAAGGCAUCUCUGGCUGUGGACAGGGGCCAGGGCUGCCGCGUUCCCAGGACGUGGCUGCUGCCUGGUGCCCUUUCCGAUGGCAUUUCUAGGGGAUGACAGCAUCGCUGCUAAUGGGGAGGAAUGAGGACAAUGCGAGGACGUUCCUGGGUGCUCCUGCUUGUCUGGAGCCACCUGCAUGCCCUGUGCCAGAGUGGCCGCGUGGCUGUGAUUGUGCCCUGUGUUACCAGGGAGGGUCUUUCUGGGGGGGGGGCGGAGGGGGAGGCAAAUAGGGUGUGAGCCCCCAGUGGAGUGCUGUGGUAUGGUGACCCUGGGGUCGAGUGGGGCUGUAGCACUGAUGAGACCCGGUUCCAUCUGCUGGGGGUGCUGGGAGCUGCCCAUGCUCCCCUCGCCCCACUGCAGGCAGGCAGCCCUGAGCCUGCGCAUGUCCUCCCUGCGCCAGCGGGAUUUUCUCUGGGCUGUGGCUCCAUUGUGAGCCUCUUAAUCUCCCGUAUCCUGGUGCUGCAGCCGGCGGCCCCGACAGCGAGCAGAGCGGUGCGGGGUGGAAUGGUGGCAGUGCUGGGUGCUGUGAUCUGGGUCGGUGCUGCCCCAUGUUCUGAGGCUGGUGGUGUCUAUGGGUCCCUUCUCACAGAGGGAUGACUUGGGAGGUGGCUGUGGUUGGGCUUUGUCCCUCCAUCUUUAUCUUCUGCUUAUUUGCUGUCUCAUCCCUGCUGCUGGCACGUGGUCCCCAGUGCUGUGGGUGUCGUGUGCUCCUUGCAGCAGAACCGUGCCCAAUGCAGGACGUGGGGCUGAGCCCAGCAGGGGCUGCAGUGCUCUCCGGGGGGGGGGCUGCUGUCGUAUCCUGCUGAUACCAAAGGCUGCUGUGUCCGUGGGGCUGCCCCGGCGCUGUCCCUCUGGGUGGGGGGUGGGCACGUGAUGUGGGUUGUUGGGGCGAUGGGGGUUUCAGUGCUGGGGGACACGAUGAGAGCAGCCUUCCCAGAGUGCCCCGUGGGAGCUGGCAGCAUUCUGCAUCCCCGUGCCUAUCCCCAUCUGUGUGCGUGCAGAGUGGCUCUGACUCCUCCCUGCUUUUUCCCCAUCUCUUUCCCACCCCUUCCUUUAUGUACCUUUCCCAACCUUCCCAUUUUCUUGUGGCUUUCUUUCCCUCCCUACCCCUCCCAGCCUCCCCUCCCCUUUCGCUGCUUUCUGUCUGGUUCCUGCUCUCUGUUUGUGUUGGCUGAGGGCAGUGCUCCAAUUACCUCAUAUUUGGAGAGAGAAAGCCGCAGCCAAUCCGCUCUCCGUCUGCUUUUAGGUCAAGUGAUUUCUGAACUGCAGUGAGAUGCUUUGAAUGUGUCUCGCUGCAGCUCGGGCUGUAAGAUGGCUGGCGGCAGCAGGCGGGUGUGCAGGGAUGCCGGGGGCCGCCCGCAGCGCUGCGCGGUGCGAAACGUGCGCUGAGCCCAUGAAGCUGACACUGGGAUUUCUUUGGGAGCCGGAGAGCAGAGCAGCGGCGGCAGUGGUGGCGGCGUUCGCGGCGCUUUCGGCGCCGAGGAGAUGGGGAAUUCUCUGGGCUGUGUUAAAGAGCCGAAAGAAAAAGCUGCCGGGCUGGCUCCGCUGCCCCCCAAAAAAAGGGUUCGCUUCAAACGGAGGAGGAGGGGGAAGAAGAGAGCGGUGCCGGCGGUGGCCCCGCAGGAGGAGCUGCCGGCCAUGGCGGUGCCCAGGGUGGAUGAGAAUCCGAAGUUGGAGGCAGCACCGCAGCACGAGGAGCCCAAUGGGAGCCGGAACUCAGGGGGGGACCCCGGGCGCAUCGUGCAGGUGAAGGAGAGGUUCCAGGGGGAGCUGCAGAAGGCACACCUGGUGCUGGAGCCGAGGGGUGCGCAGACGGCGGGGGAUUCCCCUGAGGAGGGCACGACCGUCAUCGCCCGCCUGCUGGAGAACCCUGCCGAGCAGGGCUGCGAGCGGGCUGUGAGCCGCCUGGUCCGGCUGCAGCGCAGCGGUACGGGCAGCACCAGGGCUGUACUGCUGCCACUGCCGGACGGCCCCGAUGGGCUCUGGAAGCACCGCGCCGAGGGGUCCCCAGCCAGCCCUGUGUGCAGAGAGCAGCCGGCGCGGAGCUGGGAGCCGGCAGACAGCAGCACAUGGGGGAGAGGGGGCAGCGGGGAGCCGAGCUCCAGUGCUGCAUGGACCUCCACUGCGGAGCCGGGCACCGUUUCAGAACUGUCUACGCCGUCCCCCAUGGUGGAGCAGAUGGAAAAUCCUGGUGUCGGGAAGUCCCCGCUGCUGCCGUCACCUGGUGCCGGGCAGGGCGAUGUGCACAGGCUGCCGGUGUCCCACAGCGGGUCCUCUGCUGGCACUGCCUGCUGCUCCUCGGGGUACGGCAGUGAGCGGGCUGGGAGCACCGGCGCCGGUGGGACUGCGGCUUCUCCUGCCGAAGCUGUGCGCACCGCGCAGCGCCGGGCUCUGUUGGGCAGCUCCAGGCCGGCCAGAGGAACGGUCAGUGUCUGCGUGUGCCAUCGUCCCUUGUUUGGAGUGGGGUGGGGGAGCCUGGUCCAGCAGAACCCCAGUGAUUGUAGCUGCUGGGAAUGGUCAGCACUGUGGGUGCUGCUGAGCUGUGCGCUGCAAGGCACAACCUGAGGUUGGGUGGGAAGCAGCGGGCAGAGAUGCAGAGCCUCUUCCCCUCAAGCAUCUCUGCUGGCUCUUGUUCAUGUGGAGCUCGGGCAAGGAAAGUGGGCGCAUGUGGGAAGCACCCCAUCAUGGUGGGGAGCAGCUCUCAGUGAGGUUGGUGGGUUUGGGACCACGGGUGCGUGGGCUCUUGAUGUGAUUGCAUUUGCCACUGUGUUGUGUGCCAGGGGGUGAGCUGUGGUCUGGGUGCUCAAAACAUGUCCCCUGGUUUGCUCUUGUGCUGUGCUCUGAUGAAGGGAAGCAGCAGCCCGGUGUGGGGCUGAGAGCAGCAUCCCUGUGCUCAGGGAUGGGGUGCUGGGGCAGCCCUGCUAGUCAGUACAGGGUCUGGGGCUGCUCCAAGGGGCAGUUAGAGGUGACAGAUGGCAGAGCAUUGCUGGGAGAGAGCGUGGGCUAUUUGCCCGUUCUGAGAAAGGUCUCCACGAGGAGGAGGUGAUGCUGUGCUUGGCUUUGGAGCUGUUGCUGUUGCAGGUGGCUCAUAGAGUGAAUUCAUGCUAGGGUUUGACCAAGCUGCUCACAGCCAUGGGAUGAGCAGUGCUGGGAAGGCUGGGCUGCACGCCCCAUGCCUGUGCUGUGUUAGGGCUGGUGCCACUGCGAUGGCCACCAGUUGCUUGGUGGAGGCUGAUGCAGGAAGGGCCCACGAGGAGCUGCCUGGUGUUAGCAUCUGCCUAUUGCCUCCCUAAAUCUCAGUCCUGACACUGAAGUAGGAAGAAAGGAGGGUGGAGCCGUGCCGCACCCUGCGCCUUUCCAGGCCCCCCCCAGGAGGGUCUCCUGCACAGCUGCGCUCGUGGGGGGACCCAGUAGGUGGGGAUGGUGGAAGGGAAGGCACUACUGGGGCUGGCUGCAGCAAGGAGUGUCCCUGCUGGGCAGUAAGGCAGAUCAGCCCCCUGCACGGGGGUCCCAUGGGCUUGCUGAGGGUUCCUUCCAUGCUGGGAGCAGGGCAGCCACCCAGUGCAUC